ACCAAAGAGUAUGCAAGAGUACUCAACACCACAAAUUAAUCCCAAAAAAAAAAAAGGAGAGAAAACCAUUAAACUUGAUUAUGAAUUUGUUCAACAUUCCACCGUUGUGGUUAGAGUGUCUAUCUUCAGCAUUCAGAACGGCACUAGCGUGUACCAUAGUAGCCUGCGUAACACUAUAUGGCCCACUCUCAAUUCGAACCCUCAUAACAUUCCCCGCAUUUUCGUACGUUGUAGUUAUUCUCAUUAUCAUAAACGACGCCGCUUUGGGUGACACGCUCCGAGGUUGUUGGCUUGGGGUUUAUGCAACAAUCCAAAGUUUAGGCCCAGCUAUGUUGAUUUUAUGGGCUAUAGGCCCAAAUAAAUUUAGUAAAGGAACAACUUCAAUAGCCGUGGCGGUGGGUGCAUUUGUUGUGGUUUUGCCUUCGGGUGAAUCAACACAUUUGAUAGCUAAGAGAAUAUCAUUGGGUCAGAUAGUGUUAGUGUAUGUGUUGGCUUAUGUUAAUGGUGUUAAUUGUGAUCCUAUUAUGCAUCCUAUUCAUUUGGCAGCUAGUACUGCCUUAGCUCUACUUGCUUGUGUCCUUGCAUUGCUUCUUCCUUACCCACGUUUUGCUUGCUACCAGGUGAACAAAAAUUGUAAAUUAUUAAUAAAUAAUAUCUUGAAGAGAUUGAAGCUUCUUGUUAAGAUAAUUGAUGAGGACGAAAAUACUUCAGCACUCGAGUUAUUGACACAUGUAAAGUCUUUGGCAACCAAGCGAAACAAACUCCUUUCAACCAUCAUGCGCUACAUAGAUGGCAUGAAGUGGGAGAGGCUUCCAAUUAAUUUUUUCAAACCCCAUUAUAUGAACUUGGGAGAGAGACUUCAAGAAGUAGAUAUCAAUCUAAAAGGAAUGGAAUUGGCUUUAAGUUGCACUAAAUCAUUCCCAAUCAACACUCUCGACCAAGACCUUAAACAUGGUCUAAACACACUUGAAGAGCAUGUUAACCUAACCCUUAAAAAUGCUAAACACAAUUAUCUUGGUGGCGGUUCACUAACUGUCCCCGAAUCCAAUGAAAAAAACAUCACACAUUUUCUCCAAUCCCUUCAUUCUAUUCCAACAACUCUUCAAGAAUUACCCAUCUUUUUCUUCCUAUUUUGCGCCAAACUCCUUCACAUGAAAUCAUUGACCGAAAGCCCAAAUAGUCCCCAAGCCCAGCCCAGUAUUAAAAAUGAAAAUUGUCUUGAAGGCAAACGUAAGUGGUCUAAUUGGGCCACAACAUUAAGAAGCCCAAACAUUCUCCCGGCAAUUAAAUUCUCUUUCGCAUUGGGCCUUUCAGUAUUUAUGGGCUUAUUGUAUAGCAAAGAAAGCGGAUUUUGGUCUGGUCUUCCAGUGGCUGUAAGUUUCGUUUCGGGAAGAGAAGCCACUUUUAGAUCAGCAAAUGUUAAAGCCCAAGGAACAGUAAUUGGAACUGUGUACGGUGUUUUGGGUUGUUUCGUGUUUGAGAGAUUAUUGCCUAUUAGAUUCUUGUCUCUACUUCCGUGGUUCAUUUUCACUAGUUUCCUUCAACGAAGCCGAAUGUAUGGGCCUGCAGGUGGCAUUUCGGCAGUGAUUGGGGCUGUUUUGAUUUUGGGCCGAAAAAACAUUGGCCCACCAAGCGAAUUCGCAAUAGAGAGAAUCAUCGAAACUUUUAUUGGGCUUUCAUGUUCUAUUUUUGUGGAUCUUCUUUUCUGGCCCAAAAGGGCUUCAUCAUGUGCCAAAUUUGAGCUCUCUCAAUGCUUCUCCACAUUCAUCGAGUCAAUUGGGCCUUUAAGCCUAGUUGGCAAAACCGAUUUACAACUGGAAGAAAACCAAAGGAAAUUUAAUGUACAAGUUAAUGAGCUAAAAAAAUUUGUGAUAGAGGCAGAAGCUGAGCCCAAUUUUUGGUUUUUACCAUUUCAUAGUGGUUGCUAUAAUAGGCUUUUGGUGUCAUUGACAAAAUUGGUGGAUAUUUUACAUUUUGGAGCACGUGCAUUAAUAUCACUUCAACAAGAGUUUCAAAGAAGUGGUAAUUUUGUGAAUGAGGAAGUGAAAAUGUUAGAAAGUGAACUUAUACAUGUUAAGGAACUUAUUUGCUCUUCCAUCAAAAGUCUUGAAGAAAUUUCUAAGAUGAAAUCAUUCAAGUUUGUUGAAAAAGACCUUGAAAAAAAGAACAUUUCUUGUGAUAUAGAAUUGGGAAAGUCAAAAGAGUGUGGUAUGUGGCUUUCGGACAUGGGAGAAGAUGGAAUAAGAGAAACUAUAGAGUCUUUUCUCCAAGGGUCAAGAGAUUUUAUUGAUAAUUUGUAUAGUGAUGAAGGUGAGAAGGAGGUGAAGAGUGAAGUUGUUUUGAGUUUGAGUGCUGUUGGGUUUUGCUUGAAUGUGUGUAUGCAAGGGACAAUAGAGAUUGAAGAGGCAAUGAGGGAACUUGUUCAAUGGGAGAAUCCUUCUUGCAAUAUUAAUUUGUGUGAGAUAUCAUGUAAGCUAUGAUCUCACCAUAUAAAAUUGUUAUUGUCGGAAAUAAAUGCAAUUGAAUUGAUGCAUUUAUAUUGCUACUAUAUACUACAAUCUAUCUAUUCUAUAACUAUGUAAACCAAACUUAAGAGUUUUUAUGUUGAUGUGCCAAUUCUCAUUCUCUCAAAUUUUAUCAAAUAAUGUAUAUAAGUUUAUGUACAAAAA